GUGCGUGCGGACCAAUCAGCAGCUCCGGGGGGCGGGUCCCUCGGGACUCACCUGGCUGGCCGCUGGCUUGCUGCCGCAGUAUUAGAACCCUUGGGAGUGACUGGGAACCUUUGAUUCGGACACCUGCACCGCUCGGGCCGCAGCCCCGUUACAGCCCCAGCUGCGGCCGCACCCCCGAAGCACCAUGGGCACUAAUCGGAACUGGUCUCUCAGCCUUGUCUCUCUUCUCCUGCUGCUGCAGGUGUCGUUAUGGCGUUGCGAGGACGCUGGGCUUUGCCGUUCGGGCUUCGCCUCCGAAAGUUAUACCUUCGAGGUGUCCCGGGCAUACCUGGAGCGAGGCCGAAUCCUGGGCCAAGUUAACUUUGAAAGCUGUUCUGGAAGAAAGCUGAAUGCCUAUUUUCCUGAGGAUUCAAGAUUCAAAGUGACUCCUGAAGGUGUUGUAGUUGUCAAGAGGGCUCUACAUCUCUACAAUUUAGAAACUAGCUUUAAUGUUUAUGCUUGGGAUGCUGCAGGUAAAAAACUCUCAACCAAAGUGACAUUAAAGAAGCCAUUACUACACCAUCAACGACACCGCGUUCAUCAACGCCAGCAAGUAGAGGAAUCUCUCCCAGAAGAACAAAGAGAAGUAAUGACUUUUCCUCCUCUCCGCCCUGUUCAUAGGAGGCAGAAGAGAGAUUGGGUUAUUCCUCCUAUUAGCUGCCCAGAAAAUGAGAAGGGUCCAUUCCCUAAAAUGUUGGUUCAGAUCAAAUCCAACCGAGAUAAAGAGACAAAAGUUUUCUACAGCAUCACAGGGCAAGGAGCUGAUGAGCCUCCACAAGGGGUCUUUAUUAUUGAAAGAGAAACGGGGAUCCUGAAAGUGACAAUGCCUUUGGACAGAGAACACAUUGCCAAAUACGUCCUUUACUCCCAUGCUGUGUCUUCAAAUGGCCAACCUGUGGAGGAUCCGAUGGAAAUAGUGAUUAGAGUAACAGAUCAGAAUGACAAUCGUCCCGAGUUUACACAGGAGGUUUUCAGAGGGUCUGUGAUGGAAGGAGCUCAUCCAGGUACCUCUGUCAUGCAGGUGUCAGCCACUGAUAAGGAUGAUGAUGUGAAUACCUACAAUGCUCUGAUUGCUUAUUCCAUUCUCAGCCAGGAACCCAAGGCACCCCAUGAUAGUAUGUUCACCAUUAACCGGAGAACUGGAGUCAUCAGUGUGGUCACAACUGGUCUAGACAGAGAGAGCAUCCCAGAAUAUACACUGAUUGUCCAAGCUGCUGACUUAGAUGGGGAAGGUUUAAGCACCACGGCCACAGCGGUGAUUACAGUCACGGAUACAAAUGACAAUCCCCCUAUCUUCAACCCAACCACGUAUGUGGGAACCGUGCCUGAGAACGAAGUGGAUGCAGUCAUUACAACGUUGAAAGUGACCGAUGCGGACGUUCCUCAUACCCCAGGAUGGAGGGCAGUCUAUUCUGUCCAAAAUGAUGAAAAGGGUCUCUUUGUUGUUACCACCAACCCCGAAACCAAUGAAGGAAUUUUGAAAACGGCCAAGGGCUUGGAUUUUGAGGCCAAACAACAAUACAUUCUUCAUAUAACAGUAGUGAAUGAGAUUCCAUUUGUUGUUGCCCUCCCUACCUCCACGGCCACAGUCACUGUGGAUGUCUUGGAUGUGAACGAAGCGCCGGUCUUUAUGCCACCAGUUAUGAAAUUGGAGAUUCCAGAGGAUUUUGAAGUAGGCAAGAAAAUUACAGCCUACACUGCACAGGAUCCCGACAAGUUUCUGUCACAGAUAAUAACGUAUCGUUUGUGGAGGGAUCCAGCCAACUGGUUGGAAGUAAAUCCUGAGACUGGAGUCAUUGUUACUCGGGACAUUCUGGAUAGAGAGAAUUUAGAGUAUGUGAAGAAUAGUACCUACACGGCCCUCAUCGUGGCUGUGGAUGAUGGUUCUCCUCCAGCUACAGGCACAGGAACCCUUCUAUUGCUUCUUUCUGAUGUGAAUGAUAAUGGCCCAGUACCAGACCCUCGAAAAAUGGACAUUUGCCAGAGAGAUCCAGAACCUCAGAUCAUAAAUAUUAUUGAUCCAGAUCUUCCACCAAACACUUCUCCUUUCACAGCAGAAUUAACACAUGGAGCUAGUGUUAACUGGACUUUUUCAUAUAAUGAUGAUACAAGAGAAUCUCUGACUUUGAGGCCAAAGAAAGAAUUAGAAAUUGGGGAACACAAGAUAAAUCUCAAGCUAACAGACAACCAGAAUAAGGACCAGGUGACCACCUUGGAGGUGUACGUGUGUGACUGUGAAGGGGCUGUAUCCAAGUGUACGAAGACGGGUGUAAUUGCCCAGACCGGCAUGGGUGUACCGGCUAUCCUGGGAAUACUAGGAGGAAUCCUGGUACUGCUGAUUUUACUACUGCUCCUGCUCCUCUUUAUCCGAAGACGGCCAGCAGUGAAAGAGCCAUUAUUGCCACCUGAUGAUGACACCCGAGACAAUGUCUAUUAUUAUGAUGAGGAGGGCGGUGGAGAAGAAGACCAGGACUUUGACCUGAGUCAGUUGCACCGAGGUCUGGAUGCUCGACCAGAAGUGAUCCGUAAUGAUGUAGCACCAACACUCAUGAGCGUCCCCCAGUAUCGACCUCGUCCAGCAAAUCCAGAUGAAAUUGGCAAUUUCAUUGAUGAGAACCUGAAGGCUGCUGACAGUGACCCCACAGCUCCCCCAUAUGACUCUCUACUGGUGUUUGACUAUGAAGGAAACGGCUCUGAGGCAGCCUCCCUGAGCUCCCUGAACUCUUCUGGCUCCGACGAAGACCAGGAUUACGAUUACCUGAAUGAAUGGGGCAAUCGCUUUAAAAAGCUGGCUGACAUGUAUGGUGGAGGGGAGGAUGACUAAAGCCACACCUGAGCUGAACAAGGGCAAGAAUCGGUCCCUAGUGGCUGUCAUCCGCGGGCAUCCAAGGAAAGGGGCAGGGGCUGGAUCAGUUCUAUCCCUACCUCCCUUAACUGUAUAACACAAAUUAUUGCUAAUUUACAAGGUUAGUUUUAUAUUUUAAGGCUAGUAUAUAUCAAUUCUCUCUGCUCCCACCCUCACCUCAUCUUUAAUUUCUUGUAAGAUAUGAGUAAAGGAAAUGUAUUUCCGAGGCAAUUUUUCAGGCUUUGCUGUCAGGCAGUUCUUUGAAACAGAUGGCAGCUCUCCCCUCACCCCCGUGUCCCACUUUAAAAAUGUGUGUAAUGUUUUUUGUGUGUUUUUUUUUUUUUUCCAUUUGUGCUUUUACACUGGUUCCAAAUUGCUUCCUUCCCACUCCCAUUGUCAUAUCUUCCCAGGCAGGAACUCUUGCAAACACAUACCUUAGUUGGCAUUUAUUAGCAAAAAGCGUGACUGCCCAUGUCACUUUAUAAAUUUGAUCUUGUAAUGUUCAUAAGUUUUCCUUUAUUACUAGUUUCCUACUUCUAAAGGUUGUGGAGUGACAGUGGUCAUGGGUCAUUAUUACCCAAUGGAUAGAGCAUCCCCCCUUCCCUCUGAAGUCAGGACUUGCAUUCUGAUGCAGCCUCAGACACUUGGUAGCCAUGUGACCCUACAGAAGUCAACUUAUCCCCAUGUGCCCUCAAUUUAUAAAUAAAUAAAUUGGUUUAUAUAUGUGUAUAUAUAAACAUAUAUAUACAUGUGAGGCAGUUGGGAUUAAGUGACUUACCUAAGGUCAUACACCUUAGGUGUAUAUUUAUUGCACCAUUUAGCUGCCCUAGUAAGUGUCAUUCUUAUUAUUGAGACUAUUGGAGAGAGACUGAGGAAGGGGGUGGGAAAUAGGGAUUUUUUUUUUUCAUGUCAUAAUUAAUAGAAUGAAACCAUGGGUGCAACCACCAAAGACUGAAAACAAUAGGUUAGAGUGGAAGCAAUAGACAAAAACUUUGGAGAAGGAAGCUUUAACAAGUUCCUGGAGAUGGGGAUUAUUUCCAGGAAGAGCAUUACCAUUUAAACAACGGUCUUGCAGGUUCUAACAUUCUGCACAGAUUUACAGACCCCCCCCUUUGGGUCAUGUCUCCUAAAUGUACUAGCAGACAGACAACAAGAAAAACAGAGGAAGUUAGCAAGCAGACAUCUUUCCUAGAGAUAGAUUAAAUUGUUUAAAUUCUCCCCCUCAUUAGACCGUAGACCGGCAGGUGAGGUUCUGAACAGACUAAUUUUGUCGAAAUGGCCAUUGAGGCUUUGGUGCUUCCUGUUUAGCUCAGCCUCUGAAAGGUCUUUUGUUUUUUGUAGACAAACAGUCUGUGUUGAUUUAGGUUCUUUUGAAUAUUGUACAGUGAGUAUGGAAGUCAAACCCUUGAAAAUGCAUUUUUAUAAAUUUUUAUUAAAUAAUUUUGUUAAACUGUU